CGACACUCGACACUGCGACAAUCAACACGACAGCGCCGGACGAUAGCCAUGGCUCCCAAGGUGGAUAACAAGCAAGGCAAGACCAAGCCCAGCGACAAGGCUGGUGCUGCCGCCAAGGCAGUCAUUAAGGGUGCUGGUGCGCACAAGUCUCGUAAGGUCCGCACCUCUACGACCUUCCACCGCCCCAAGACCCUUCAGCUUUCCCGGUCGCCCAAGUACCCCCGCAAGUCGAUCCCCCAUGUCCCUCGCCUCGAUGCGCACAAGGUCGUCCUCUACCCUCUCAACACCGAGAGCGCCAUGAAGAAGAUCGAGGAGAACAACACCCUGGUCUUCAUCGUCGAUGUCAAGUCCAACAAGCGCCAGAUCAAGCUCGCCCUCAAGAAGCUGUACGACGUUGACACCGUCAAGGUCAACACCCUCGUCAGACCCGAUGGACUUAAGAAGGCCUACGCCCGUCUAACCCCUGACGUUGAUGCUCUGGACAUCGCUGCCACCAAGCUUGCCAUCGUCUAGAUAUAUUUCAUUUAGGGUUUGGGUGAAUUUUUAUUUUGCGCGGUGGUUCAUAAAUAUCAGUCAUAAAGUUAGCUGCCAAUGCUUGAAUGAGGGCUGAAUGAUCGUUUCCAAAAAAGAAGAGGGAAUUACUCGAAUGCAUGAAUACCACGAAUAAA